AGGGGGUGUGUGUUUGCUCACGCACAAGUCAGGCGGUCAGUGGAACUGCACAGGUGUCUCAUACGAUCCCGUGAAAGGUUUCCUCUAGGCCUACUGUACGCUGAAGCCUCAACAAGCAGCCAAGAUGCGCUUCGCAGUGGUGUUCCUAGUCAGUUUCCUGGCCCUGACAUCGGCCAGCAUCGACUUUCAGGAGUACUCUGCAGAAAUUAUCCAACGCAUAAACUCCAUGGAUACCACGUGGAAGGCUGGUCCCAAUUUUUUAGGCGAAACCCUGGAGUCUGUGAUCGCUCGUCUAGGAGUGAAGUACCCGCUUCCGGUGGAGAAGAGGCUGCCCCUGUACUUCCACGAGGACGUCAGUGACAUCCCCAUGACGUUCGACGCGCGCCAGAAGUGGCCGAAAUGCACAACUAUUUCGCUGAUCAGGGACCAGGCAGCCUGCGGCUCUUGUUGGGCUUUUGGUGCGGUGGAGGCCAUGUCGGAUCGUGAGUGCAUUCACAACAACGUCCAGGUGAACAUUUCUGCCGAGGAGCUGAAUUCCUGCUGCGAGUCCUGUGGCAAUGGAUGCGCUGGGGGAUUCCCAAACGCAGCCUGGGAGUUCUGGAAGACCCAUGGUCUUGUCAGCGGAGGCCUGUACAACAGCAAGAGCGGCUGCCAGCCCUACUCCAUUCCGGGCUGUGAUCACCACGAGCCCGGUCACCUGAAGCCCUGCGGACCGGAGGUCCCAACUCCACCAUGCCACCACACCUGCCGGACGGGCUACAACGUCACCUUCGACAAGGACCGGCACUUUGGAGGGAGCGUUUACAGUGUCCAUUCAAAAGUCAAGCAGAUACAGAAAGAGAUAAUGAUGAACGGACCUGUGGAGGCAGACUUCACCGUUUACGCCGACUUCCCCACCUACAGAUCCGGCGUUUACCAACACAAAACGGGAUCCGUGCUCGGAGGACACGCCGUGAAGAUCCUUGGAUGGGGCACUGAGGGCGGUGUUGACUACUGGCUGGUUGCCAACUCGUGGAACCCAGACUGGGGAGACAAAGGUUACUUCAAGAUCAAGCGCGGGGAUGACGAGUGUGGCAUCGAAGACGACAUCAAUGCUGGAAUCCCAAAGAAAAUGUGAUUCUAAUUUGGAAUAAAGAACAAACACCUCUGCUUAGAAAAAGAAAUUUCAUUCUGAAUUCCGUCGGCUUAAACCAAAGUAUGAUUUGUUAAAAAUUUGGCACCUCUUAUUAAAAAAAAAGAGAUUUCAUUCUGAAUGUUGUCAGCUUAAAUCAAAGCAUGGAUUUUAAAAUUUUGCGACGAUAUGAUUGCUGAUGGUAAGUAUUGAUCACUGAUCACUACUGCAAUGAUCAAUGCGUUUAGCCUCAUCCCACCUAAAUCAAAUGCACGAAUUUUGCUUGUUAUUGACGUUUCCAGCAAUGCAUAUCCAUCAUAAUCAGGUUCAGAGCUGUUGGCUCGUACACGCAACUUCAGCGUAGAGCAUAGAGAGUCUUUCUUACAAACAUUAAUAAGCACGCUACCUACUUUUUACCCUGGCACUGAUGGAGUCCCUAUUCUGAAAUAGUCUAAUCACCGGUAAUUGACGGGACCGCAUCGACACAUAAACUUGAGACCAUGUCAAUAUAGCACAGGGUGAUUUAGGAAAAUGUUUGAAUGACCCUAUGCACAUCUGUAUUACAUCUUUUGCACAGUGCUGUCUAGAAAAUGUUAUUGCCUCUAGUAAAUUGUCACUUAAUUACUAUAACAGCUUGCCUUGGUGAUAAAAAAGAAAAAUAAACAAAACAACAAAAUA